UUGGCCUAUAGAAUGUUAUGAUGUUAUCUGAAGACAGCUGAAGAGUAAUGAGUUGUAAAAGUUCACAGAAGUAUUAAUUUUAUGUAGGAAAAUGUGUUUAUUUUUGGGACACUGAAAUAAGUUGGAUGAAGGAAAUGGGCCUAAGUGACUCUGCAGGACAACCAAAAGAGGGACAGUCAGGUUGUCACCUAAAUAACUUCACUGUAACUGUAUUAUUAUUUUUAAUAGAUCCUUGAACUGUACACACUGCUGAGUUUUAUUCCCGGAACUAUUGUCCGUCGCAUACACGGAAUUAUUUACAGACGGACGAGUCCGACUGGAGACGUGUCCUCCAAAACACUUCGCAGAAAUGGAUGAUGACUGCUCCACAACAGAGGCCUUUGCUGAGUUGAAGUCCAGAUCACUGAGAGUUUCAGAUGUCGCUCAGAUCGCAGCUGGCACUGGUCUCGCUGUUUAUGCCAUGUGGGUGGGAAUACUGCAGCCUGGCUUCAGAAGAGUCCCCUUAAAAUUACAAGUGCCGUACAUACCAGCGAGCAGAUCUCAAGUACGUAACGUAAUGACUCUACUGAAAGGUCGAAAAGGAGGCAUAGUGGAUUUAGGAUCUGGAGACGGACGCAUUGUGUUGGAAGCCCAUCGUCACGGUUUCACUCCCGCUGUCGGCUAUGAGCUCAACCCCUGGCUUAUUUAUUUGUCCCGCUUUAACGCGUGGAGAUCAGGUCAUCACAGAAAAGUUUCAUAUAGAAGAGAAGAUCUAUGGAAGGUGGAUCUUUCAGAAUGCAAAAAUAUUACAGUGUUUUUGGCCCCUAGUGUGCUUUCGUUAUUGCAAAAGAAGCUGCUGGCGGAGCUUCCUGAUGACGCGCUGGUGAUAGCUGGUCGUUUUCCAUUUCCAGACUGGACUCCAUGCAGAACAGAGGGGCUUGGUGUGGACAGAGCCUGGGCUUAUAACAUAGAAGUUCAAAGAAAUGUUACCAAGAAUGCAGACAAUGACAGUGUAACCAACGAAGAGGAGUCAACGUAAACAAAGUGUAUUUAUGGAUGAACUAUUCUACCUCAAUCCUCAGGUGGACAUUGGGAUCAUUUUCCCUUCAGUGAUAGACAUCCUGACACUGGAUGCAGUAUCACUAAACUAGAUCUUAUAUAUUAUUUAUUUUCUCGAGUGCCUGUUGUAAAACUUAAAUGGUGUGUUUUCACAGUCCCCCUUUGUGUGCGUACGUGUUAUGAAGGACUUUUUAAAUCACAGUUUUACUAACCAUGGAACAUUUCAGACUUUUGCAGCUGAUGGUGCUAUUAUUUUUAAUGUAUUGGUUGUAUUAUUUUGAUUUGUUUUAAGAGAUUUUGUAAUGAAAAAGAGUUGAAAUGUUACAGGCAUAUAACAUUUCAAACUGAAUAUACAUAGUAAAAUUGUGUAACGUUUUGCAUUUGUGUGUGCUUUUUAGACAAACUUUAGUGAUCCACAAUGGAAAUUAUUUGGACACAGUAGCUCACUCAUCACAAUAUAAUAUAAUGUAAUCUUAAAAACAAAGAGAAAAGAUAUAAAUGGUCAUAAUAAAAUAACAUAUUUUUUUAAUAA